AUGGGAACCAAUCUUGUUUCAAGCAAAGUUUGUUCUUUAUCAUAUUGCAGUACAAGAAAAGUAGCUGCCACAAUCAAUGCUCCUAAGAUCCAGGUAACCAAAAUCUCCACUCCAAGGCUUCCCACCAGAAGCUUGGUGGCAGAAUUGGAUUAUCUAAAUAAUUACGUUUCAGCUACCGCUACAACUCAUGUAAAAGAUCCUUACUACUCCAAUAUCAACACUGAUAGUUCUACAACACCUAGCACAAGUACACUAAAUUCUAUGGAGGUUAUUAAGCUUCAUUUGAUAAUGGAGAUUGUAGCAGAUAGAUUGGAGAUGCACAGAAAUAUUGGAGUUCAGCGCGACAACUGGAACCACCUACUACUUACAUCUGUUAAUAUGAUCACUCUCUCUGGUGCAACCAUGGUUGGCCUUGCAGCCAUUAGUUCAAGUGGAGCACCUCUUGUGGCACUGAAAGUGUCCUCCACAAUUCUUUACAUGGUAGCCACAGGGUUACUUGUGAUCAUGAACAAGAUUCAGCCAUCACAGCUUGCUGAGGAACAAAGAAAUGCUGCAAGGUUGUUCAAGCAGCUGCGUGGAGAACUCAGAACCAGGCUUGCUAUUGGGAAUCCUACUGAAAAUGAUGUUGAUGAAGCAAUGGGGAAACUGUUGGCAUUGGAUAGGGCUUACCCUCUUCCUUUGUUGGGUUCAAUGAUAGAAAAAUUUCCUCAAACUGUGGAGCCAGCAGUCUGUUGGCCUAAGCAGAAGCAAAAGUGUCUAAGAAAAGAAGAGUUGGGUGGGAAACUGAAAGGGAAGAAUGGAUGGGAUGCAAGGUUGGAAGAAGAAAUGAAAAAGAUUGUGAUGAUUUUGAAAAAGAAAGACAUGGAAGACUACUUGAGGUUGAGUAAAAAAGUUUUGAACUUGAACAAAGUAUUGGCAAUUUUUGGUCCAUUACUCACUGGCCUUGCAGCUUUGGGUUCUGGUUUUUUGAGUUCUGUGAAUGCAUCUUGGCCUGUGAUGUUUGGGGUUAUUGGUGGAGCUUUGGCAAGUGUUGUUAACACAUUGCAGCAUGGUGGGCAAGUAGGGAUGGUGUUUGAGUUGUAUAGAGCGACCCUUGGCUUCUUUAAGCUCAUGGAAGAGAAUAUAGAGCUAAAUAUUAAUGAACAAGAUCAUGAUAAAAGAGAAAAUGGAGAGUUGUUUGAAAUCACAAUUGCUUUACAGUUAGGUAGGAGUCUCUCAGAACUUAGGCAAUUAGCUGCUUUAUUUUCAUCGUCAGGUGAAGAUAAUGAUUAUGAAGAGUUUGCAAGUAAGCUUUUCUAG